AUGAAGCCGGCCGCCAGCGGCGGGAUUCUUCUGCGGCUGGCGGAGUCGCCGCUCGCCAACGAAGCAGAGUUGCAAGAUGUACUCGCGGCCGCCAAGUCUGCGGCGGUGAAGACAUCCGCCGUGCACGACAAGUGGCGCACCGUCAAACUACUGGCAGCAGCCGCGCGAUGUACACUUCAGGCAGGACGCGGCACUUUUGCAUUGCCGCUUAUCACAACAGCGUUCGAAUUAUCCCCACCGCCUUUUAGUCAGCUAACACGAUUACAGUAUGAGGUGACUGAAACAGAUAGGUGUGAGAUGGCGCAUCUUAUUUCUUCCAUAGCCGCUAAUACGCAAGAGGAUGAUAAAGAGGUGACCGCUAUUGUGUGUACAUCAAUUAUGGUAUGGCACACCGCAUUAGCCACAGUUGACACAUCAGGCAGUCAUCCACAAACUUUUUUGCGAUUUUCUCAUGCUGUUACCCACAUACUCACAUCACUCGUGGUAGAUGAACCCGCACUUGAGAAUUGGAGUACAUGUUGGAUGUACAAUGUACUAGCAUUUGCGCAUUGCCACAAGAAGAGAGAAGCGGUAGGGUUUUAUUUGUUAAGGGAAAUUCAUGAUGAGAAACGACUUUCUGAUCUGGUCCCUGUAGAUGAAUGGGGAUUUUCCUGUUCAACUGGAGUGAAUAUUUGUGUUCGUUUGGGUCUUCGUGGGUCUCAUGUUGCUACAAUGUGGAAACGCUUCUGUGCAUCUUUGUAUGCUGAAGGUUCACUUGUGUUGCGAGAAGCACAAGAGGAAGUAUGUCGACACAGCUCUGAUGCGAUGAGCAUUUUACAACAGGCUUUUCAGAAGGAGACAACUCACUUACAAGUUGAUUUUCGACGACCACUGGCUUUGUCCAUUAAUGAUGUGAUUGCCCUCCGUGACACGGUAUUAGAUGCCAAAGUAUGUUUAACCCGAAAAAAAUUUGAUCUAGUUCGUCUGGCAUCUUUUUUGGUGAUAUUUGAAAGUGGAGAAUCUUAUCUUUCUUCUGUUGAUUACCCAAUGGCCUCUGUCUCUAGUGUAGUGGCGUUGGCUCAACGCCAGCGGUAUACGGACAUUGCAGUGGAAAUACUUCAACUUGGUCUUCGAACUAAUUCGAAUGGUAACUCAUUCGUUGUAUCUGGAAAGGAACUCAAGCUCCUUUUUGAGCAUACCAUAAGUGGGGAUUCUGGAAUCCAAUGCAGUCCACACCACAUACAGUCGUUGUAUAUUUCUGCCCAAGAACAACAACAACAACAACAACAACAACAGCACCCAAAUGAGCCAGAGAUGUUGUUACAUGAAGCUAUACAAAACUGGAGUGCUUUUGAUAUGCUGCGAACUCUUUUGUUUUCAGAAACACUGGAGGGUCUCUUGCCAGCUGCUAUAACCUUAAUAAGGGGUGAUACUAAACUGGCACAUCAACUGCUUAGUGAUAAAGUUGCACCCUCAUUUGUCCUUGAGGGAUUAUCACGAACUGUUAUUUCUCUUGUAGAAGAGGGUGAUGUGCCGCUGGCUCGAUGCUUCCUACCGUUGCUGGUGGGUAUCUGCGUACGCAUGCCAUCACAGGCACAUCUACUACUAACAUUGCAAGCAAUCACCUCUUUCGUGCAAUCCUGCUCUGAUGAUGAUGAUGAUGAUGAUGGGGAAUGGAAGGCUCUUACAGCUAUUCUUCUCCCAUUGAUGCCACCACGUUGUGCUGGAGCUACACUCACAUACCAGGAGACAAAAACAACGGUGAUAGGGCGUACAUUUUCCAAGAGAUGUCAAGUGUUUGAUACGCUUCGUAGUGCUGUUUCUGCGUCUAGUAGUACAUAUGAUUAUUCUCAGUUGCAGAUCAUUCUCACGGCGGACCAGAAAGGAGUACGUCUGGUUCGUACCAGCAGUAUAAAUGGGAUAACACCAUGGGAAAAAGUGUUGCCGGUUAAGGAGGUUUUAUUAGAAAUGGUAAACCGAAUGCGGGAUAUUGAGUUAAGGAAUCGGCGUCAUCUAGAUAGUUUCAACUCAGAAGAAGAGUUUACAACGUUAGAAAAGAUACACAAUGACGAUUCUAUUGGGGAAAAACCGAAUGAUAAAAGGCGAGUGGAGUGGUGGGAGCAGCGUCAUGCGUUGGAUCGUGCUUUGGGGGACGUUGUAAAGGAGAUGCAAUCUGAAAAUAUCUUUGGAUGUUGGCGAUUGGCCAUGUGUGGUGAUUUAACCUACUCUUGUAUGAUGGAACUUCAAUCUAUGGCAUCUGAGCUAUUACAAAGGUGUGAGGCUCCUCUAAAGCACGUGGAAGAUGUAGUGAUGAUAUUAAUGGGACUUCCUUUUCUUAAGAUAUGUCAUGUAUUCAAAGAUAGACUUCCAUUUAAUCCUUCUCAUGUGAAUAUGGAGUCAUCUUGUGAUCUGUGUAAUGAAAUUUUCUUAGAUAUUGCACAAGGGUUAGAGACGGAGUUGCUUAAUCAGGGUAUUAUUGCUUCCUUGGGUGAUGAUGAUGUUACUAUGGUACGCGAGAUGUGUCUCCGCACUCUUAGAGCCAUAUGGAAUGCUAGUUUUGGUGAAGAAAAACAAAACGUAGAACAUUUGGAUUUACUUCAAUUAACACGUAGUCCUGUUUAUCUUGUACUAGAUAAUGAGCUUCAUUGUCUUCCGUUUGAAGCUAUAGAUGUUUUUCGAUGCGGAAACGUUUCUCGUGUUCCUACAGCUACAUUUAUAUCUUUAAGAAGUAAUGGACGAUCAAGGUCUCUCGGUGACGGUUUAACGUACUGUGCGAUUGACCCAAAUGGAGUUAUGCCAAAAACGUCUAAACGUCUGUUGCCUGUCUGUCAGCGGAAUGGUUGGACUGUAAAUUCAAAUGGUAUAACUUCUGGAAAGUUACGUGAAUUGUACGCCUCUCAGGCAAAACUUUAUGUCUAUGUUGGUCACGGAAAAGGGGAACGAUUUCUUAAUCGUCAAGAAUUAUACGAACGAUUUCCUGACCCGAUAAACUUUCCAGCCGUUUUCUUAAUGGGAUGUAGUAGUGCGUAUAUGGACAGUGGUCCGUCGUUUGAUUGCUUCGGCAUGCCCUACGCUUUCUUGCAUGCGGGAUGUCCAUUGUUUAUGGGCUGUUUGUGGCAUGUAACAGAUGGUGAGAUUGAUAGACUGACAAAGCGACUAUUGAUGUUAAUUUCAGGUGAUAGCUGCGGGGAUUCUUGUGUACGCCGUCCUCAGACAAUUGGUGAGGCUCUUGCGUUGGUGCGACAGGCAUGCAAGCUUCCAUUCUUAACAGGAUAUGCCACUGUUCUCUAUGGCAUAAACCUUCCUCUGCAGAGUGCUAUUGAGGAAUAG